CGGCGCGACGCCAUUGGUGGAGCGUCCGAGAGCCCGCCCGCGGCGCUAGCAGGGCAGCGCUGGGCGUGAGGCCAGGGGCGGCUUCGUUCCCUCCUCCUCCCCCGGCCGGGCCCGCAGGGCAGAGUGACACUCGGCAGGCGGCUCCGUCCCGGCGGCAGCCCCCCGCGUCCCCCUCCGCCUCUGAGAAGCAGUUUCUGAGGACUGAAGGAGCUGACAAAGGGAACCCCUGCUUUUGAGGUUGCACAGGUGCUGAAGCAUGGCUGACUUGGAUCACAACCUCAGUCUGGCAGAUGCUCUGACAGAGCCACCUCCCGAGAUUGAGGAAGAAGUGAAAAGGGACUUCAUUGCCACUCUGGAAGCAGAGAAGUUUGAUGAUGUGGUUGGAGAAAAAGUAGAUAAAACAGAUUAUGUUCCUCUGCUGGAUGAUGAAGAUGAGGCAAAACCUGGGAGCCAGGAACCCAAAAGCAAAGCCCAUGCUGAUGGUAUUCAGGUGGAACAUACUUCAUCUUCUGGGCCAACAGUUGUAGAGAAUGGUGACCAUGGAAUGGAAGAUCACCACCCAGUCUUCCCAGGAGAAAUCAUGGAUGAAAAGAUGUCUUACAAAGACUUUCUCGAUCGCAAUGAGUCCUGGACAGUGGAUGACAGAGAGCUGUGCUUUGAACCACAGCCCGUGUUCAAACCCAUGGAUAUAGCUGACCCCUUCAGCAUGCACAGAGGGGAGAACCUGCCUGAUUUAUCAUUUCCUACUGACAUGAAGAAUGUGCCGAUGUUCACGGACCAUGUUGAUGCUUCCAGGGACAUCCCUGCACCACAUGGAUCUAUGAUGCUACCUGAACAACCUUUCUUGGGGUCCCUGUAUUCUCCUGCAGAGGCUCUAGACCCAUCAGCCUUCAUUGGCCUGGAUUCAACUGCAGAAUUUCUGCAAGAACAAGCAGUGCCUGAAGAACACUGGAUGGGAGCUCAGCAUGAUGUGAAGGGACCAGAUGCCUCUUUCUUUGUUGAGCCACCAGUGCCCCCCACAGUGACUGAAGCACUAAAGCCCACUUUGCCAGCAAGCCCUGCAGCUGUGGCUCCUGCUUUCCCUCCUCCUGCAGCCACAGCAUCCCCAGGAGAGGCUGGAGCUCCUGAUGGACCAAAAGCUACAGCCUGUGUUCCCAUCUCAGGUGAUGUGUCCCUUUCUGCAGAAGAAGCUGGGUCCAUUCCUGCAGGAGACACCAAGCCUCCCCAGGCUCUGGAUGCUGGGUCAGUCCCUGCUGCAGAACCCAACCCUUUCCAGGCUGUGGAUGUUGGGUUUGCCAAGGCUCCUGAUGCUGUCAGCACUGCACCCACCCUGGUGGCAGACACUGGCUUCACCCCAGGAGCAGAUGCUGUGUCCCAGAAUGCUGUGUCCCAGAAUGCUAUGGAUUUGGAGUUUGCACCAGCAGAAGAUGCAAGGUUUGCCCCAGCAGCAGCUGCAAUGUCUCACCAGGCCAUGGGUUUGGCAUUCCCCCCAGCAGCAGAUGCAGAACCUCAUCAUGCUCUGGAUUCUGAGUUUGCCCCAGCAGCAGACAGGAAAUCCCACCAUGCUGUGGAUUUGGCCUUUGCUCCAGCAGCAGAUGCCAAAUCUCCUCCUGGCAUGGGUCCUGAGUUUGCACCAGCAGCAGAUGCAGAAGUCAAGCAUCAAGCUGGGGAUUCUGGGUUUGCUCCUGUGGUGGAAGCCAAACCUCUCCCUGCCAUGGACUCUGGGGCUGCCUCUGCAGAAGCUAAGGCUGUGUCUGCAGCUGCCACCAAGGCUGCUGUGUCUGAAGGGCUGGUGACAUCUGAGUCUUCUCUUGAGCAGGACAAGUCACCCUCUGACAACCUUCCUGCAGGAGCAGCUGCAGAUGUGGAACGAGAAACGAAAGCCCCAGAACCUUGUGUUGAACGUUCAGAGAAAGCUGAAGACAGCAGAGCCCCCCCCAGCCAGCACCCAGAGCAUCUUCCAGCCCAGACAAACCAUCUUGCACAACCAGCAGUUCCAGUAGAAGCAAAAGAAGCUGUUGCACUAGAAAAUAAAGAUCUCCUUCCAGAAAAAUCUGUUCCCACUGUGGACAUCACUGGUACAGAGAAACAGAAGGAGGAGGCUGAACACAACCAUGUCCAACACGCAGAACCUCAGCAAGAAAAAACCCUGCAAGAGCCCACAGGUCUCCCUACUGCACAAAUCAGGCAAGCUAACAAAUCAAGUGACCGCAGGUUUGGCAGAGCAAAACCUGUACCAGUGCCUAUUGCAGAUGUACCAGAGGAACGUCUAAUAGGCCUCCCACAGCAGAAGAGUUCUGACCCCAAAGUAGAUCCCUGUUCUGUAGAGGAACUCGGCUGUGUUGCUGGAGCACCCCCCCACCCUAGGGUCUCCCACAGAAAGGCACCUGAGCAACCGUCCCGCUCGCCGUCCGAGUUUCUGGGGAGCUGCAGAGAUGUCCCGAGGGAGAGCUGGGAUUUGGAAGGUUCUCUGGCAAUUGUGAAGAAGAAGAAAAAGAAACCAAAGCAGAAGAGAAACCAGCUGCCCAGGGCAAUGGAGUUCUGGGAUGAAAAUGUCUCCAGAUCUCCUAGAAAUUCUCCAUUUGCUGCAGAAUUCCCAAGAGCAGACGUCUGUCCCAUCGUGCCUGCUGAAGCUCGCAAAGAGCAGGCGAUGGCCUCAGGAAGCAGAGCUGCAGAUGUGCCAAAGGAUGCUAAAAUAAUUUCAGCAGGUCAGAUCUCGGAUGAGCAAAAUGCCUUCCCAGUGCCAGCAGCAGGCCAGAAGUCCCCCAAACCCAACCUGCCAUUAGGAUCUGCCUUGGAUGCAAGGAACGGAGACGUCAGGAAAACAGAAGAGAGGAGAGAUGAGAGUUUCAUCUUGCAAUCAAAAGGCAAAAGGAAAGAGGUUCCUUUGCAGCAGGCAGGCAGGGCUAAGGUGGAGGAACCUGUUCCAGCAAAGGGUCCCACCACACCUAUGGGAAGAGAUUUUCUUGAUAAAAAUGAGAAGAGGGAGAGUAAGGAGUCCAAAUGUGCUGACCUGACGCUGUCUCCUCCAGAAGCCAUCAGCCUAAGCAAAGCAGAAACUCCUUUAGAGACCAAACCUUCAGAAUUGCUCCUUUCUGAUAAGGAGACAAAAUGCUCAUCUCCCAGGCAUGAAGCCUUCAGAGACACUGCCCACCCUGAGGUUCAGACCUCCAGUGGGCCCCUGGGGGCAGCAGCAAAAAAACAAGGGAGCUGUGAAAAGAGCAAAGGGGUUGAAAAUGAAUCCUUCAGGGAGGCUGCAGCCCCGUUGGAGAAGCUUCCCAAGGAGCCAAAGGCAGCUUCUGAAACCAAACCAGUGAGCUCCGACUUCAGGACUGCAAAGGGAGGGUUGGAGGCCUCAACAGAUCCUAGUAAAAUGCCUGUUGUUACCCCAAAACCUGAGGAGGUCCCUGCUUUGCAGGACAGGAGGGCUGUUGGGGAACAGCCCUUUCUCCUCUCGGUGUCAUCUGAUGCCAGCAAACAGCUCAGCUCUGCUGGAGCAGGGGACAGAGCCAUGGUGGCAGAAUCCCCCGAGCAAAACAAAGGGAAAGGCUUUGUGGUGUUAGAGCAGCAGACUGGAAAAGAUCCCAACAUUGCACAUGGGCUGGACAGACCCAAAAAAAAGCGUGGUGAAGGGAAAGGGAAAAAACCCAGGAGCUCCUGUGAGCAGCUGAUGGAGUCGGAGGAUGUAGGCAGAGCUGGGGAUGGAGGGAGGAUGGAUGAGGCUCUAAAAGAAGUAGCUUUCCCUGAGAAGGGCAGAGGUUUCCCUGCACGAGUUCAACCAUCAGCAGGUGCUGCAGACAAGCCAAAGAAAAGAGGGAGUGAUGGAAGGAGUAAAAAAGGCGAAAGGAGUUAUUUCCAGCAGCCUUUUCUUGAGCAUAAGGUGGAGCCGAGUGGUUUUCCUGAUGUGAUCCAUCAGCCUCAGGCCGUCAGUGAUGAAGGCAGAGAGAGGGGCUGGGCUGCUGAGGAGAGUUUUCAGGAGAAGGCAUCUAAAACUCCAAGGCCCCUUGAGCUGGGGAUGGAGGGACCUAAAGAAAAUGUUAGAAAAAGUGAAAAGGUUGAUCCGGGGGCUUUAGGCCAACCCCUCCUGCUGGAGAGCAGCAGAGAGGAGGCCAUGCACUUGGCUGACACAGUCAGCAAGGCAAAAGAGGUAAAUUUGGUGAAUAAAGGCAAAGAGGUUGGAAUUGCUUCAAGUGAGUCAGUUGAGAGCAAUUCUGAUGCAGACAAACCCAGAAAGAGAGGUAGUGAUGGGAAAAGAAAAAAAACUGAGAGAAGCCCUUUGAGGCAGGCAGCUGUCCUGGCUGCUGGGGUGGAGACAAACAUCCUGCCCAGCAAAGAAAAGGGGGCUGGAAGCACAAAAGAAAAUCUCUUUGAUAAGGAAAAGGUGUCUGGCUUUGAAAGAGAGCUUUGGCUGGAGAAUGUGACAGGUCUAAGCAAAGAGGUGCUGGAAAAGCCUGACACUCCUGGUGGGAGUAGGUGUUUCUCUGAUCAGCCGGGUCUUUCAGGGAAUAAAACAGAGGCAGCAGGGCCAGAAAUUGUCACAACUAAAGAAACUUGCCCCAGGGAUAAAGGUAAGGAACUAGAUACAGCCCAGGCUCUCCCAGAGCCCAGGACAGAUGCUCCUGUGGUCCAGAGUCCCACCAGGGAAACAGAGAUGGACAAAACUAAGAAAAAAAGUCGAGAUGUGAAAGGCAAAAAGGCUGGAAAUAGUCUGGAGCACUCUGUGGUGCUGGGAGCAGGGGAUGUCCCUGCAGGAAGGGAAGAGGUGGGAAAUUCAAAACCAAUUCAGUGUUUUGAUAAAGGCAAAGAGACUAAAUCCAGUACUUCAACAAGUCUCCUAGGUGACCCAGCUGAUCUUGCUAAAGUCCAAGCUCCUGUUAUACCUCUGGAGCCAGAAAACUCCCACGCGAGCAGUAAAAAAUGCAAAAAGACAGAGGCUGACCUGCAGCAGCCAUGUCUUCUGGAGCCCAGAUCAGGGGCAGAGAUGUUUCCUCCUGGUGACGUGGAGCUAUCUGGCAAAUCUGAAGCAGCAACUCCCACUCCUUGCAGCAAAGGGGGUGGAAUUCCUGCCCUAGAGCACCCAGCAGUGCCAGAUCCCACUUUGUCCACAGUUACUGAGAGACCCAAAAAGAGAGGUUAUGAUGGCAGCAGGAAAAAGGCUAAAAAUGCCUCUGAGCAGCCUGUGGUUCUAGAGCCAAGAGCAAACAGGAGAGCAGUGCAGCCUCCUGUGGGAUCUGAGAUGGAAUGUGGAAUGGAAGACCCAAACCUUGUGGAUGAGAACAGAAAUAUCAGAAACUUUCCCACUGGCCCUCAGGUGCUUUGGAAUAACAAAGGGAGCUCCUUCGAAUCCAUGGCUCAGGCUGCAGGACCUGGCCCUGCUCACUCUGGUGAGGUUUCUCCUGGCUUCCCAAAGCAGAAGGAGGAGGGGGCAAGAGGGAAGGGGCUUCCACCUCCUGAAGAGGCAGCAGAGAAGAGCAGCAAAGAGCCUGGAUCUGGAGCUCAGAAGGAGAUAGAGGUGGAACAACCUUGCAAGCAGCCACUUAACCUGGAGCACAAGGAGUCUGGAGAAGAGAUGUCAAAGCCAGGUGGUGAAAUCAAAGAGGUUGGUUCCCAGGGUGGGAGUGAGGCAGGUAAACCACUUCCUUUGGAUCAUUCAGUGAAACAGGACGUGAAACCAAGGAAGGACAAAGUUCAGCUUUCUCCUGAGGCAAAGGUGGAUGAUAAAGAGAUAAGAACCCCUGAUAAAAAGCAAAGCACCACCAGCACUUCCUCAGCCCACCCUCAGGAGGUGGCAGAUUCAAACCAGAGCCCUGCUUCUGCUCCUGCUCCUGCUCCUGCUCCUGCUCCUGCUCCUGCUCCUGCUCCUGCUCCUGCUCCUGCCAAAGGGACAGAGAAACCAGAAGGAGCAACCACCUCUUCUGGGGAGAAGGACCUGGGGAGCCUUUCCCGUGGACUUGCUGCCAGCCCAGAGAGCAGAGCAGGAGCAGCCAGGUCCCAGGCUGUGGCAGAGGCAUUGGUGGAGAAUAAAGCUGAGCUGGAGGGAGGUGGGAAGAGUGAGCAGAGCUCACUAAAGCACCCGGGUAGUUUGGACAAUAAAGAGGCAGAGGCUGCUGAUAUAAAACUGACAGCUGCCCCACCAACCAACCAAAGUCCUCCAGAUGACCAGAAGGAUCAUCCUCAGCCUGCUGGAGAUGCUGCUGCUCAGGGUGAAGAGGCUCACCUGAAGGACACCCCGGCCUUGCAGCCUGGAGAAGACAAACCUCAAGAUGCAACUAAAGGAAAAGAAGAAGAAUGUGAGCAAAAAGCUGCGAAGGAGGCAAAGAAAGAGAAAGUUAAAGCAGCAGACCAGCUCAAAGGCUACAUGAGACCCACAAAGUCCAGAGGGGUGCCAGCUCUGCCUGCCAGGGCUGCUGCUCCAGACCGAGAGAAACAAAAGCAGCUGAAACCCAGUGCUGUGAGCCAGCAGAGGCAAGAAAAAGUAAAACCAGAAGAGACCAAACCAGCUGAAGCUGUGACAGGGAAUGAUAUCACAGCACCUCCCAACAAAGAGCUUCCUCCCAGCCCUGAGAAGAAGACAAAGCCUGCGACCUCCACACCAUCUGCCAAGCCUGCAGCACCGAAAGCCAGGCCCUGGCUGCUACCAGUCCCAAACGGCCAGCCUCUGCCACUCCUGGCCCUAACAAAAAACCCACCAGCCUACUUACAGCUCCUACUUCAGCCACUCCUAAACGCCCAGCCACCAGUACUACACGUCCCUCCACCCUCACUCCAAAAGAGACUAAACCAAAGGUUUCAGAUGCAAAGUCCACGGAGAAGAGGACCUCCCUCUCAAAGGCUCCAUCAUCUGCCACUUCUCGAGCUCCUGCCCGGAGCACCCCACCACCCUGAAGACCACGGCGACAUCCGGUCACUGCCACUGCUGGCACAAGAACUACCACUGCUUCCCCACCCAAGAGGCCAACCUCUAUCAAGACCGAGGGGAAGCCUGCAGAUGCCAAGAAGACCUCUGCAAAGUCACCAUCAGCAGACCUGAGCCGCCCCAAGAGCGCGAGUGGAAACGCAGUGAAGAGCAGCACCACCACCCCUACCACCACCUCCAGCACAACUACAGCCACCA